AUGGAGGAUCCUUGGGCCAAUGCGUGGGGCGGGGAUUCAGCAUCGCCAAAGCCGCCGGAGAAGUGGUCCUCGUCCACGCUGUCUACGUCUCUCCAUGAUCACGAAGAUGACCUGGGUCAGUCGCCUUCCUGGACGGCCGCAGCGGAACCUCAGUUAGGCGUAGUCGAUGUUGCGUGGUCUGGCAAUGACCAUGCCUCCUCGUGGUCGGUAGACCCUGUUUCUUCUGGAGGAUGGAACCCAUCUCUGUACGAUGAUAUUCCCCUCGGAGCACCAUCGCCUGACGCCCAACAACCUGACAUAGAGGCGGAACCACUGCCUGAUGAAUCUGACGAAGAAACUGUAACACAAUCAGAAACUAAUGAUGACCUCCCGCAUGUAUCAUCCGACGUCGUACAUGAUCGUCAUGCAGGGCAGGACACUAAUGACGACGUUGAUGGGUUUGGUUCUUUCGAAUCCGGCGCCGACGACGAAGAGACUCGCUCGGCCCUCCCUUGGACGCCAUCAGCACCUAUAUUUCCAACUCAGGACUCAGAUGAAUGGGGAACCCCGUCUUGGGAUGAUGGGGCGGAACCAGCCCCGGACACUAGUAGUGGAGAGCGGGAGGAGGUGGUAGACGAGUGGGCAGAGGCCAAGCGGUUGAAAGCCUUGCGGGACCGCCAAAUACCUCCGGAACUCCUCGCGUCAAUCCUCCAGCAAGUAAGUCAACUUGCCGAAGAGUUAUGGCCUCCGAAUGCGCCGGACGCAGCUAAUAAAUCCGCUGCAUAUGCAAGAGAAUAUAGAUCCAUGGAAGACCUUUCAGAAGAUCUUGUGCUGGCCACUACACGUCUUAUGCCCGCUUUAACCCUGCCUGCUCGCGUCCCCUUCGCGAGUACAACCACGAGUAAGGAACUUCUCAGCGCCCUCAAGUUGACCCGUCGUUUGCCAAUCAGCCAACGGAGUCCCAUGGCUUUAUUUGUCGCCAGCAAGGGGAAUGGAGAAUGGGAAGCUUCUUUGCGCUCGCAGUCGCCAGGGUCCCACUCUGACAAUGAGGCGAGCAUCACGAAGCAGGAUGCAGAUUUCGUUAAUGGUGGUUUGGGUUGGAGGGUCCUUGGAGCUGAUGAACGGGAAGAUUUAGAGGAAGCAUGGGCUAAGGAGCUCAGUUCCAGGAAUGGGGUGAAAACGCAGCAUAAAUCGCCUAAAGGCGGCUGGUUUUGGAAUCGGAGGAGUUCUACCAACGUCACUACCUCUAACUCGACGCAGCCAACUCCGAAAGUCUCGAUGGACGAAACAGACAAGCACCGCGCAAGUACCUCUGGUUCGCGUUCCAGCGUAGACAGUGAAUCAGGGAAAACAAUCCCUAGUGUUGGCGAUACUGGUAAUCCCCCAGACGUCAAGCCUUCAGAUGCUGACGCUACUACAGCAUCCACUCCCGCUUCUACCACUCUACCAAUUCCUCCGGCUCUCACGGAAGCAGCCCCUACCGGCGACGCUGGUUCAUCACAGUCUUUAGGAACUCUAGAAUCGAAAGAUCCCCCUACUCCGUCGGCCGUAUCACGGUUCUUCAAUCGUUUCUCGCGUUUUAAGCCUUCCGCGCUUUCUCCUGAGCCAAUUUCCCCUCCUUCACUGGCAUUAAGCAACAAUGACCUGGAAUUCCUUGGUGAUGUCCCAACUUUAUCGUCUGAUCACAGCCACAGCCUACUUGGGUUAGGCGAUCAGGAUCUGAACCUCCUUGACGUUAACAUGCUGGGUAAAGACCCGGUACGGAAAAUCUUACGCAAGACCGCCCCUCCUAUCAAGUUGCCUCCUGCAUUGUCACCACCGCCUAAAGCACCGCCGACCCCAAAACCGCUCAGCAUCAUCAAGCCAGCGCAACCUACUAGUGAUCUAUCUUUCUUGGACCAGCCAUUCGUGGACGCUGCGUCUACAGCACCUUCUCAGACUGUCCAGACAACGAGUACCUUUGACCUUGACUUCCAACUGCUUGAUGCUCCAUCCACUACCACCCUAUCCCCCGCCCCGCCGUCUCCUCAUUUACCACCGAAAGACUAUCCUCCACCGCUGAUUCCCCAUUCUACCACAACACGCAAACCACAACUCAAUUCAAAGCGUCCACCUAUAGUGGCUGUCAUGUCAAAAACCUCCUCGAGCAGUUUGAACAAUGUAUUCAACCUACCUCCUCCACCGGGGUCAUCUCAACGAUCUGCUUCACCUUUUAUGAUUCCUCCGCCAUCAUCUCGCUCAGCAACGCCUCCGGUAAUACCCCAGGCACAGGGACAACACAAAGAAGCCCCAUCUCAGGGACCAUUCCCUCCCUCUGGGUUGGACGACGAUGACGAAUUCUCGGAUUUCUAUUCAUCCGUCCCUACAACUUCGUUCGCUUCAACACCGAUAAAACCCUUGUCAUCUGCUUCCUCAAUCCCCUCCUACGACACGUCCUUUUCUUCGGCGCACUCUCAUCAGAACCUCUUCUCAGCUUCGACUAGAAGCAAACCCCUAGGAGGACUAGAUGACGACUUCGAUGACUUCGUUUCUUCACCUACUCUACGCACGCCUUCGCCCCCUAAGCCACCUGCAAAACCCAGCUCAUUGAUUGGACAAUCAUCUCGACCCGCCUCCCCUCUGAGGGUUUCGCAAACACCGUCGGCACUCUCGUCGGGGAUCUCUUCCUUAGCCAAUUCCCCACCCCUCAGUCAACAGUUGGGCAAGCUACCUGGAGGAAGGGACCACUCACGCACGAUGGGCCUGAUGGACAUAGCGUCCACAAAGCUUGGUGUUUGGCCUGCUCCACGCUCGCCUACACCCUCACCGCUCGCUCCUCCCCCUAAUGGGCCACCAAAGGUAGAGCCAUUGAAACAAGGGGGUAUUACGACUGUGCCUCCUUCGCUAUCAUCUCCUGCCUUGUCCUCAAGCUUCAACCAUAGUUCUUUGAGUAAUGGGAGUCUCUCGCCUCGCAGUAGCAUUUUUCCUUCGCAAAGCAGCAUCCCAGUCUUGGCGUCAUCGGCACAGGCAAUCCAGCCUGCUUCCCCGAUCCUCCUGGAUUCCGCAUUUAGCUCGCUGGCGUCAGCGACCUCGACAAGCGGCCAGAACUCGGCCUCCUCGUCGGUGUUGUCCUUGCCUCAAAAGCACCAAUCGUUGAGUGCUCAGGACCUGUCUUUCUUUGAGGGACUGUAA